AUAUAUGUCAACCAACAGAAAAUUGCUUGAAACAUCUUUUUGUUGGUGUGGGAUCGGUACCUUAAUUUGAAAAAUUCCGUCUAAAAUGGCUAUUUGGAGAAUAGUGCAAAUAUUGGUGUUCAUAACUGUAGCUAAAGGAAUACCAGUUCCUGAGGACGAAAACAUACAAGAAGCAGUACAACGCCAUGUUCGCAGUACCUUGAUGGCAGAUUUUGAUAAAUGGGCCAAAGAGUAUGUCAAUCAACAGGCCAGGGAGAAAAACCGCAAGGUGUCGUGGUGGGAUCUCUAUGGUAACCAUCAACACCUUAAAGAGAGACCAGAAUACCACAGGUACAAGAUUGAAGUUAGAGCAGGUGAUGUCCAAUACUCCACGGUGACUAGACAGGUAGACAGACCACAGUCUGUCUAUACCAAGUGGUACCACAAUGACCAGGCUAAACAAGUUAUUACCACACAAAUAACGAAGGAGAUACAACAUCAAUCCACAUUUCACUGGUCUAUACAACAAGGAAUUAACAUUAAGGCCAGUGUAACUACAAAAGGAGGAAUUCCAAAGCUCUACGAUAAAGAUACGACCAAUACCACCGAAAUAGACUUAACUGAAAGUCAAGGAAAGAUAACAAGUGAUAUUGAUACCUUCACAUUUUCCUAUACGUUGAAUAUUGAACCCAAAACUUCAGUGAAGGCAGAAUGGAUAAUUGUGGAGCGAGAGGUAGAAGUGCCUUGGGAAGCUGAUGUCUAUAUUGACGGUUGGAUUGCUAUAUGGUUCCAUGAGAAGUGGGAAGGACACUGGCUCUGGUUCCACCCAAUCUAUAUGCUUCAAAAUGAUUUAUUUAAACAAAAUGGUGACGGUUUAGUGUUCCGAGCUAAAGGUGUAUUCAGAGGGAUUCGAGGAAUGGAAUCUUCGAUCCGUACCAACGAGUAUCCUAUUCAACCAAGAGACACUCAGACUGGGGAGCCAUUGUCUGACCCAGGAACGCCAGACAAAACUUUUACAUUUCCCAUGGAUUUGAGAAGCAAUUGAUAUACAAGUUAAUUGUUGGGCAUUUAGUUUGUUUUAAUACAUCAUACAGUUUUUCUUUUCAAAGAAGCUGUUAUGUAAGCUGCUUAUUGAUUUCGUUAUUGAAAAUAGAAUAAAUCUGCAAAAUAAAAUUUUUUAUUGAAAAACAUAA